CUGGUUAAUGAUUUAACCGCUGGCUUUGGGACGUUGAAACUGCGAUCCUGGUCUCUAGCUCCUCCCCAUUGCUGGAGCGCCCCCACCCGGAGGAACAAAUCUGCCCUCCUGUGUCUGUGCUGUCGCCAGCUGGAACUGCCUCUGCCUUUUGGGGAUCUCCUGGCUGCUGUGGGUCAGUGUUCCCGUCAGUGUGGAGGGGUGAGUGGCGGUUGAGCUUCCUGGGAGAAGAAGCCCUCUGAUUGCCCUGUCUACCGGUUACACUUGCUGGACUUGAGAUCCAACCCCACGCCUGCUUCCCACCUUGGGAGUUUCCAGCUCCCCUUCCAGCCAGCACGAUGCCCAUCCUCAAGCAGCUGGUGUCCAGUUCUGUGCACUCGAAGCGCCGCUCCCGUGUGGACCUCACAGCGGAGAUGAUCAGUGCCCCGCUGGGUGACUUCCGCCACACCAUGCAUGUGGGCCGGGCUGGGGAUGCCUUCGGGGACACCUCCUUCCUCACUAGCAAGGCCGGUGAGGCUGACGGUGAGUCCCUGGAUGAGCAGGCCUCCUCCUCCUCUUCCAAACGCAGCCUCCUGUCCAGGAAAUUCCGAGGCAGUAAGCGGUCACAGUCUGUGACCAGAGGGGACCGCGAGCAGAGAGACAUGCUGGGCUCCCUGCGGGACUCAGCGCUGUUUGUCAAGAAUGCCAUGUCCCUGCCUCAGCUCAAUGAGAAGGAAGCCACUGAGAAGGGCUCCAACAAGCUACCCAAGAGCCUGUCAUCCAGCCCUGUGAAGAAGGUAGAUGCUGGAAAUGGUGGCCCAGAGACAGGCUCAGGGGAGGUGGGUCCCCAUCGGAAUGGGGCCACAGGCCCCCACUCCCCUGACCCACUCCUUGACGAGCAGGCCUUUGGCGACCUGACGGAUCUACCCAUUGUGCCCAAAGCCAGCUACGGGCUGAAACAUGCUGAGUCCAUCAUGUCCUUCCACAUCGACCUGGGGCCCUCCAUGCUGGGUGACGUCCUCAGCAUCAUGGACAAGGACGAGUGGGACCCAGAAGAGGAAGAGGGUGGCGGUUACCGCGACAGAGAAGGGCCCAGCAGCAUGGUCCAGGCUCCCGCCUUGCUGGAGGUAGCUCCUUCUCUGGGAAGACAGGAGAGCAAGGCCAGCUCAGACCAGACCUCCAUGCUGCCCCACCACACUCUGGAGGAUGACGGGUGGGCGGCGGCAGCCCCCAGCCCCAGCUCAGCACGCAGCAUGAGCAGCCACACCACAAGGGACAGCAGUUCCCUGUCCAGCUGCACCUCAGGUGUCCUGGAGGAGCGCAGCCCAGCUUUCCGAGGCCCAGACAGGGCUGGGCCUGCUGCCCCAAGGCAGCCAGACAAGGAAUUCUCCUUCAUGGAUGAGGAGGAAGAAGAUGAGAUCCGAGUUUGAGACAGGACAGAAAAUUGAAAGUAGCUUCCACAGCUCUGGGCUGCAUCUUUUCCCUGCUGCUGCCUUCACUCUGACCUUUUGAUCUUAAUGUGUAGGUGCAGCUAAGAACCUCAUAUUUGAGUAGACCCUGGACCUCGGGACUGGGGUGCCAGGGAGGUAGCAUGGGUACUGGCAGCCUGACCUGUCUUCCCCACUGCAGCAGCCUGGACCAGAACUGUAUUCCAACAGGAAUCCAUCCUCCUCUCUCUGGCCCCUUGCUUCCAGCCUGGCCUCAGAUGGAUGCCAUAUGUUAGCUUGAGUUCCUGCAGCAAUGGCAGGGAAGCCAGGUGUAGCCGUCUCUCCAAGGUCACAGACACUUGGCUCCCCUUUUUCGCCUGGUGUCUGGUGCCUACCAGGGAGGUGUAUGGAGCUGGAGGCAGGGGUGACCACAUGUCUGGGCUUCUCCUCCACCCCUGGCUCCUCACUGGAAGCCUGGUGCUCUUUGGAGUUCAUCUGGAGCAGGAGACAGCCUCAACCAAUACACUAAAUGCAGUCUUUCCCAGGGGCCAGGGCAGGAUGGGGAACACCUUCCCCUCCCCUCCCUGCUCCCAGCUUCUUGGGUUCUCAAGAAAGGGGCCCUUCUUCAGUGACACUAGGAACAGGAAAGGAGCCAGCGCUGCCCCAGGGUGUGUUCGUUUGUUGUCAUGUUUAAACCCGAAUAGAGCAAUGUCAAAACCCCCUACCAGGAGAGUAGAAUCCUGUUAGCAGGCUGUCUUGGUGGCACAGUAACUGUCAGAGUCUGGGUACACAGUCCCUGCCCAGGUUGAACUGUGGGGGGCAGCUGCCACCAGUGUUUGUCCCUGAACCCCACCUCCAUAGCUGUUAGCAGCUGAAUGAGGACUCUGUAGGAAAGCUCUGAAAAAUGAUCCUUAAAGAAUACCUUAUUCCCCAGAGUAUGAACUGUGUUUUGACUGGGCUGUGUCUCCCCACCCCCACCCUGGGGGUUGGGAGUGGGCAGGGUCUCCUUCCAUUCUCAGCCUUUCCCAACUGUAGAGGCCAGGACUAGGGUCGGCUAUGGGCCAGACUUAGCAAAAAAACAUGAAACAAUGAGACGAUUUUCAAUUUGAAUUCCAGGUAAAUGAAAGUGGGUUUUUGUUUGUUUGUUUUUGGCUUUUUGAGAGACAGUCUCACUCUGUAGCCCAAGCUGGCCUCAAAGUCAUACACAGCAAACCUCCCUUCCCCCAGAGCUGGGGUUACAAUUGUUCACCACUCCUGGCUGUUUGUUUUUCUGAAAUCUGUUUUGCUCAGCUCCUGUAACUCUACCCAGAACAUGAGUAGAAGAAGGGGCCUGAGCCCCGGGGGUUGGUAGCUCAUUACUUUUCUGUGCUGGGAACAGGCUGACCCACCUCGUGGUCUAGCAUAGCCAGUGGGAAUCUGGGGAGAGAGCAAGCUAAAUUACAACCUGGAGUCUGGCCAGAUGAGGUGAUGGUAGCCUGCCAUGGACUGCUCUGCUUCCAGAGUCCUCCCAGAUCCUGACCCUGAAACACUCACUGGCUCCUGACUGGUGCUCCUACCUUGGUAGGCAUUGACAGAGCCGCAGAACUGUGCCUCUGGCCAGCAGCGCACCCCACCCCACCCCCUCCUAAAUUUACCUGGUCACUUCUAGACUCUUAAACUUUGUAUUUUUUCCAUGACAUUGAUAAAGCAGUAAGAAAACAUUAAAAUUUCCUCCUAGCA